AGGUCACAGCCAUGUGCCCCCUUCACCCUGCACCCUCUGCUCUACAGGACAAGUGGCCUUCCCCCCCUCCACACUCACCUUGUCACCCCUCUCCCCUGGAUGGACCAGUGGUGGUGUCACCCAAAGCAAAUUGACAUUAUUUUUCCCUUGGUAACCGCAAAGGGGGAGAAUCACCCGUCUCCUAAUUUUAACCAGUAUGUGAGGGACCAGGGUGCCAUGACUGACCAGCUGAGCAGGCGGCAGAUCCGCGAGUACCAGCUCUACAGCCGGACCAGCGGCAAGCACGUGCAGGUCACCGGGCGUCGAAUCUCUGCCACCGCUGAGGACGGCAACAAGUUUGCUAAGCUCAUAGUGGAGACAGACACGUUUGGCAGCCGGGUGCGCAUCAAAGGGGCUGAGAGUGAGAAGUACAUCUGCAUGAACAAGAGAGGCAAGCUCAUCGGGAAACCCAGCGGGAAGAGCAAGGACUGCGUGUUCACGGAGAUUGUGCUGGAGAACAACUACACGGCCUUCCAGAACGCCCGGCACGAGGGCUGGUUUAUGGCCUUCACGCGGCAGGGGCGGCCCCGCCAGGCCUCCCGCAGCCGCCAGAACCAGCGCGAGGCCCACUUCAUCAAGCGCCUCUACCAGGGCCAGCUGCCCUUCCCCAACCACGCCGAGAGGCAGAAGCAGUUCGAGUUUGUGGGCUCGGCUCCCACCCGCCGGACCAAGCGCACUCGGCGGCCCCAGCCCGUCACGUAGUCAGGGAGGCAGGGGCAGCUGCCCCCAGCAGCCUCCCCGUCCCCUUCCCUUCCGAAUCCGAAGACUGGGCAGGGGUGGAGGGAGGGGAGCCAGACACCCCCGACCCUGAGGACCGGGAAGCACCAGGGCCCGAGCUGGGAAGAGGCAGGACUGCGAUCAGGCCCCCUCCCGGGCCAGGGGGCGGACCCCCAGGAGAGGAACGGUAGAGUCAGGUGCCAGCCUUCCAGUGGCUCCCUGAAACCAGUGGAAAGGUCAGCAGAUUCGAGGCCACCGUCUGCAGGCGGCUGUCCCCAAAGUCUGCUCCUCCUAGCUCCCUGGACCUGCCCCAGCCCCCGAACUCAAACUGGCCAGACAGUGGGAAGGGACUUUGGGUUUUGUUUCAGGAAAAAAGGAGGGAGAAAAAAUAAAAGACGGUUGGCCAUUCCUCACAUUCCACGACCCCGACCCUCACCCCUAUCCCCAACUCGAGCCCCCAGAAUAAAACCGU